AUGCCAUCAUCACAAACAAGCCCCAGUACUUCACCACAUCGAAGAUCGCAACGGACGCGCAAACCUUCUGAUGCUCAGACCACCGUCGAUGAGCGACAGGGCAUCUGCGCGGAGAACCCUCCGAAGUUACUGUUCUGGCACGAGAUUCCAUCGUGGCAGCAGGACAACGAAUGCAUUUUGUCUGGUUACAGGCCAACGUGGGCGUCUAUCUACGUGUCUUUCGCGAGCCUAUCGUACUUGAACAACCAGACUGUUAAUAGCUACUCGCACCUUUUUGGAUGUGCGCUUUUCGCCAUCCUCCCACUAUAUUUCAAGAAGAUCUUCUUCGACCAUCAGCCAAAUGCCUGCUUUGCAGACCUGGUCGUAGUAUCUGUUUACUGCUUCGGAGUAUCGAUCUGCUUUACCUUUUCAGCAAUCUUCCAUAUCUUGUGGAACCAUAGUCCCAGUUGCUACCGCUUGUUCAACAAACUCGACUAUUUGGGAAUCCUGGUCUUAAUGUGGGGGGCAGGCAUCCCAACAAUCUACUAUGGAUUCCUGUGUGAUCACAAAAUCCAGCUGGUUUACUGGGUCAUGACAACCACGACUGCACUGGGCUGCACCUAUAUGACACUGAGUCCUCGAUUUGCAUCGCCGCAAUUCCGACACUGGCGGGCAGCCUUCUAUGCGGGGUUUGGCCUGAGUUCCAUCAUCUUCGUCAUUCAUGGCCUUCUUUUAUACGGGUGGGAGCUCCAGAGAACCCGUAUGUCACUGAAAUUUAUGGGCUGGAUGGGUGUCACCAAUCUUCUAGGCGCGGCGGUCUACACCGCUAGGAUUCCUGAGCGAUGGGUGCGUUAUAAAUUCGAUAUGUUUGGUGCCAGCCACCAAAUACUCCAUGUUGCCGUAAUGGUUGCUGCUUGGAUACACUUUGAGGGACUUGUGGCGGCUUUUCGAGACACACAUGCACUGCCUGUGGCUUGUGGCUAA